ACAGGGAAGGCUAUCUAUUGUGAGAGAACAUCCAGGGGGCGCUGUGAGUGCCCCAGACGGUCCGCCCACCAAGCCUGGCAGAGAGCUCGGCUCGUCCCUCCUGUCCGCUAGCCCCUGAGAUGCCCUCCCCUCCCAACGAUGGAGAGGAUCAAGGAGCGUCCCCCGUGAACGUGUCAUCUGCGGGCUCCUACCAGAGCAGUGGAAAGAGGAAGGUGCACACCAAAAAGAAGAAAGGCACUAUCACCGCCAAUGUGGCUGGCACCAAAUACGAGAUUGUUCGCAUUGCCAUCAAUGAGAUGGACUUCAUCAAGACCCGGGAUGAAGACGAGACUGCCAACCUCAUCUGGAACGACUCGGCCGUGCAGCACGAGAAAAUCGCUGAGCUCAGGAACUAUCAGAGAAUUAACCAUUUCCCUGGCAUGGGUGAAAUCUGUCGGAAAGACUGCCUGGCAAGGAACAUGUCCAAGAUGAUCAAAUGCCAGCCUCAGGAGUACAGCUUCAUACCCAAAACGUGGAUCUUCCCUGCUGAGUACACUCAGUUCCAGAACUACGUCAAGGAGCUGCGCAGGAAACGCAAGCAGAAGACGUUUAUCGUCAAACCCGCUAACGGAGCCAUGGGUCAUGGGAUCUCGCUGAUCCGUAACUGUGAGAAGCUGCCAGCCCAGGAGCACUUUAUUGUUCAGGAGUAUCUGGACAAGCCCUUCCUGAUGGAGGGCUACAAGUUUGACCUGCGCAUCUACAUCCUGGUCACUUCCUGCGAUCCGCUUCGCAUCUUCCUUUACAACGAUGGCCUGGUGCGCAUGGGCACCGAGAAGUACCACGCGCCCAGUGAGGCCAACCUGAGCCAGCUUUACAUGCAUCUGACCAACUACUCGGUUAACAAACACAAUGAGAACUUCGAGCGGGACGAGACGGUCGACAAAGGUAGCAAGAGGUCCAUUGGCUGGUUCACCGAGUUCCUCCGCACCAACGACUAUGAUGUGGCCAAGUUCUGGGGCGACGUCUCUGAGCUGGUAGUGAAGACAUUAAUAGUGGCGGAGCCCCACGUACUGCACGCCUACCGCAUGUGUCGCCCCGGCCAGCCACCAGGGAGCGACAGUGUCUGCUUUGAGGUGCUGGGCUUUGACAUCAUCCUGGACCGCAAGCUCAAACCCUGGCUACUGGAGAUCAACAGAGCUCCGAGUUUUGGGACUGAUCAGAAGAUUGAUUACGACGUGAAGAAGGGAGUGCUGCUCAACGCUCUCAAACUGCUCAACAUUAGGGCAAGUGAUAAGAAGCGAAACCUGGCUCAGCAGAAGGCAGAGGCACAGAGACGGCUGUACGGACACGGCUCCAUGAAGAAACUCUCUGCCUCCUCUUCUGACUGGGAGAAACAGCGCCACACACUGGAGCGAAGGAGAGAAGAGCUGAAAGAGCGGCUGGCACAGGUCCGCAAGCAGAUCUCAAGGGAGGAGCAUGAAAAGCAACAUCUGGGGAACUACAGACGUAUUUACCCCCCAGAUGACAAGCUGCUGUUGGAGAAGUAUGAAAGCCUGCUCUCGGCCGCCUUUCAGACCUUCCUCGCCGGGCGAGCCGCCUCACUUCAAAAGGAAAUGAAUAAUCCUCUGAAACGAAUGAAGGAGGAGGACAUCCUGGAUCUGUUGGAACAGUGUGAACUGGACGACGAAAAGCUGAUGGGCAAAUCCUCCAGGCAACGAGGCCCUAAGCCUCUAACCUCCAUGCCAGAGAGUGGCCAGACACCGAGGCGGCAGCGACCGGACUACCUGGCCGACUUCAGCAGUGGCAGCAGCGCCGAUAACUCCUGUUCCUCUUCAGAGGAUGAGGAGGAAGAGAGGAGGAGAGUCGGUGGAGGAGGAGGAGGAGGAGGAGGAGAGAAGAGGGAGAAGAAAGUUUCUUACGACCUUGGGGACAGCAAGGAAAAGAGCUCAGCCGAGCGCUCGGGUCGGGUUCACUGGAAACCUCCAGUCAAGCCUCUCAAACCCAGCCCCGCCCCGUGCGCCUCUCCGACGCUCUCCGGGCCAAUCAGACGCUCCAUCUCCUGCCCGCGCUCCAUCUCCUCCCUGACGUCACCCAGCGAGGUGCGGACGUUGUCGGCCAAGCCGUCUACCGCCAUUCCGAUGGCUACGCCCCUGGUUCGGCCCAGCUCGGCCUCGCUACGCUCCCAUUCGCUGAGCCGCAGUGGCUCCGCCUACCGUGUUCCCCACAGCAACAGCCUGGGGACCAUCCAUUCUAACAUGGGUGAUCCGGUGCUAAACCUGAGGAGUAAGGAGCAAGAGGCAGAGCUGGUGCGACAGAGCCUGGCUGCACUCACCGCCAUGAGGAUCAGAUUUCCUGGCAAAAGCGAGGAGGAGGCUGAGGCUGUGCUGGAUGAGAUCCUUGACAACUGGAAAUACCACAAACCAAAGGUGGCCUCUUAUUGGCUGGUGAAGUUGGACUCGACCAAACAACGAAAGGUGUUGGACAUUGUACGUACCAAUGUGCGCUCGGCACUGCAGCGGAUCUGGAGGGAGCCAGACGUCGAGAGCCUCCACCUCUACCGCCUCUUCAACCGCGUCUUCAACCGGCUGCUCUGGAGCCACGGCCAGGGCCUGUGGAACUGCUUCUCAAACACCGGCGCGUCGUGGGAGACCAUCUUCAGUAAGAGCAGCGAGGUGGUGUCGCCCCAGGAGCUUCAGUGCUGUCGCCGGCUGGUCCAGCUGUGCCGAGACUGCCUGCUGGUCGUCUACAAGUUUGUCUCCGAGUCCCGCGGCUCCCUGACCGGACUGAGCCCCGAAUGGGACGACACCAGGUAUCUGCUGCCAGUGACCUCCCAGUUCAUCAUGAAGUGGCCUUCGUCCAGCUUUGGCCGCGUCUCCUCGGCCAUGCCGCGCUCCCGCAGCCUCUUCGCUGCCAGGAUGGGCCAGUUCUGAGGUCACCGUGGCAACCCUGGCUUCUGACACCUCACCUUUUGACCUCAACCACCCUUAACCUCCACCCAGCCAAGCUCCGGUCCCAGCAAUUCCAGUUUGGAUCUGAGUUUGGGGCAGUAUUGGACACAGGAUGGAGCCUGGACCUUGGCCUAAGCCCCUGUGGUAGACCAAAACAGACCAGACCAUAUGGGAUAGAUAAAGAGUCUUGUUGGGCUUAGUUUAGUUUGGCCCUGCCCAGACCAGCUCCUGCCAGACCAGCAGACCACCGGUACCCGUUAUCCCUAACUUUAGCCCCAUUAACACCAGACAAUGGGUUUACGCCCUCCCUCUCCUCUCUCGUUGUAACCGCUGUAUUAUACCUGCUCACUGUACAGUUACAAGUCAUGGUACUGUAAAGGGAAAGAAUAACAAAUACUAAAAAAUGCAAGGAUUAUUUAUUUAUGUACUUAUUUAUUUUGUAAAGUAUUCCAUGAAUGCAGUGAAUGCGGAUGCAGAAUGCAGAUAUGGAAUGUUAUCAACAAAGCUAUCCCUUCUUUGAGAGAGCGGAUGUAAAAAAAAAAAAAAAAAAACAAGAACAACAACAACGACAAAAGGCUUAUUUUUGCUGGCUAUGAUCUUUUAUUUUGAUGCUGUCUGUAUUUAAUUUAUUUCAUAACCUAUAUCAGAGGCUUUAUGUUUAUUAUAAAUGUUUUAACAGUCACUUUAUGUUCUAGUUUUCGCAGUCCAAAGUACCGUAGAGAGGUGGUGCCUGGAAACUUAAAAAAAAAAAACGUUUAACUUUUGAACGCUAGCUUAAUGUUUUAUUUGUGUGAUAUUAAGUGCAGCUCGAUGGCGCAACACAAUGUGUAGAAUGUCAGUGUAGUAAGCCGAGCCUCUUUGCUUCUUAGUGAAUGAGCUGACAGCACAGCGUAAAGAGCCAAACUUAAUUCUCAGAGAGCAUCCUGUUUCUAAUAUGCACUUUGCCGUAUGUCACAGAAAGGGAAUUUAAGACACCGCCGAGUGGGGUGUGCGUUACAGUAGUUUCUGCAUGCAUAGAUUUUAGUCCCUCAUCCAGAUAGUCAUUAGACAGAGUGACCGCAUAUGGAAAAUACUUGAAUUUUUUCUGUUAUCAUUAAUUAUCGUGUCUUUUUAUUGGCUGCACUCACAGGAAAAAGACACUGCGUUUUUAGAUCUGUGGUCUUAAGUACAUGGAUGUGUCGCAUCACUUUGGGAUCGUACAGCAUGUUGAUGGAUGUGAGUUUGCGGGCGGGGGGGGGGGGAGGAGGCACAUACAUUUUCACGUCAGCCCAGAUAUAUUGUAUUGUAACUGCGGUGCUUUGUCUGGGAAUGGCAGCCAUAUCUUGUUUUAGCAGCUGCGUCCUAUUUCCCCCCCUUUACUGCAGGUACAAGUGCCAGGACAAACAGGGGAGGUGCCAGUAUUCAGCACAUCUACUUAAUGUGCUCAAUUGGGUUUUAAUUAAGGUUAAUAUGUAAUCAAUUACCAUAGGAGAUUUGUUAAAUAAAGUAUUUAAAUGUUAAUAGGGAGAAACAGUGUUAUAUGUUUAGGUAGACUGUGCUCUGUUUACUACCCCAUGAGACUUUUAAAGAUGGUAGUGCGCCAACAGAUUAUCCAUUACAGUGUGCAUUUACAAAAAAAAAAAAAAAAAAACAAUUCUGACUAAUAGGUAGAGCAGCAAUUCCGUGCUAAAAUUGCUAAAAUUAAAAGUGUGUUCUCCCCCCUAUAUAAUGACUAUGAAUUCACAAUGCCAAAUAUUUUUAUUUUGCCCUUUUUUUGUGUUAUUUAUGAGUAGUACUUUUUCAUCGGAGGUAUGAGAUUUUUUAAUUUUACAUAGCAAUAAAAUGUUUAAACAAACACA